UUUAUUCCUCACCGGAGGCGGCGUUGGGCGUCGCACGGAAAAUCGCCCUAUAGAUUAAGAACUUGCCCUCCGCUGAAAGCGACCGUUAAGGCGGAUGUGCCGUGACCCGGAAGGACUGGGCGGAGGCGGGGAAAUUUUGAACAAUGUGAUGUAAAGGCUUUGGGCCAGAAUUCUCAUUUGGAACAAUGGCAGAAACUGAGCUGAUUAACUAGCUGGGGAUCUGGAAAACUGCGGCUUUCAGGGAAAAGAGAUGUCGGGAAGUAACAUACUGCAGUCUGAGCUGUUACUUCGCGGGAAAAGAGGUUAAGAGGAAACUUUUAAAAGAAAAUAGAGCUUUUCCGGACUGACGCUGAGGAUUUGGCGAGAAAACACAAAAUGUCUCCUGAAUCAAAAAAACUUUUCAACAUAAUUAUUUUGGGAGUCUCAUUUAUGUUUAUGUUCACUGCUUUUCAAACAUGUGGGAAUAUUGCGCAAACUGUUAUCACGAAUUUAAACAGCACGGAUUUUCAUGGCAGUGGCUACACAAGCAUGUCCAUUAUUUAUGGAGUAUUCUCCGCAUCAAACCUUAUAUCACCUUCAGUGGUUGCGAUAGUAGGACCUCAACUCUCCAUGGUCAUUAGUGGCAUAUUUUAUAGCCUAUACAUUGCAGUUUUUAUCCAACCUACUACAUGGACUUUCUACACUGCUUCUGUUUUUAUUGGCAUUGCAGCUGCUGUUCUCUGGACAGCACAGGGAAAUUGCUUGACUGUAAAUUCUGAUGAAAACACCAUUGGAAGGAACAGUGGGGUAUUUUGGGCACUCUUACAGUCCAGCUUGUUUUUUGGAAACCUCUAUAUAUACUUUGCUUGGCAAGGAAAAACUCACAUAUCAGAGAGCGAUCGCAGAACUGUCUUCAUUGCUCUGACUGUUAUCAGUCUUGUGGGCACAGUUCUGUUCUUUCUGAUUAGGAAAGAAGAGGACACAAAAGCUCCAGGAGAGGAAGAUUCUGCUAAUGAAAUCCUGGGGGACAGCUUGUCUGCACAAAACACAAUGACAAGAGCGGUGGCCGCCUUCAAGAAAUCUAUAAAGCUGAGCUUCACCAAAGAGAUUAUGCUGCUGAGUGUUACAACAGCCUACACAGGCUUGGAAUUAACGUUCUUUUCUGGAGUAUAUGGAACGUGUAUUGGUGCUAUGAAUAGGUUUGGCAGUGAAGAGAAAAGCCUUAUUGGUCUCUCUGGUAUUUUUAUUGGUGUUGGAGAAAUCUUAGGUGGAGGAAUCUUUGGUUUACUGAGCAAGCGUAACUGCUUUGGCAGGAACCCUGUUGUGAUGCUGGGCAUCAUCGUCCACUUCGUAGCCUUUUAUUUGAUAUUUUUCAACAUGCCAAAUGAUGCCCCUAUUGCUCCUAUGGAAGGAACAGAUGAUGUUGCCUAUAUGAUUCCAAGCAAAGAGGUGGCCAUAUUCUGCAGCUUCCUCUUGGGCCUGGGGGACAGCUGCUUCAACACCCAGCUCCUCAGCAUUUUAGGAUUCCUGUAUUCAGAAGACAGCGCUCCUGCCUUUGCCAUCUUUAAGUUUGUUCAGUCCAUCUGUGCUGCAGUUGCAUAUUUCUACAGCAACUACUUCCUUCUGCAGUGGCAGCUCCUGAUCAUGGUGGUCGUGGGCUUCUUUGGAACAAUCACCUUCUUUACAGUGGAAUGGGAAGCAGCAGCCGCCCUCGCUGCCCGUGGCUCGGACUACAGCAGCAUUUGAUCUCGAUACCAUAAGAAAAAACGCUGGCAUAUUUAUUGGCAAGUGAUGUGAGAAGGUGGAAAGAUGAAGGUGCUGCAGAGGUUAAGAUGGAGGAAGCUACUACUGAAUCACCGUUAGUCCAGCUGAAUGUGAAAUACGGGAGAAAAAAAAAUUCCAAAUUUUAAAGGCUUUUUUUCCUGUUUUAAUGUACUGAGCGUGGUUCUUUAAAAAUCUGGUAUUAGAAAUGGAAGGAAAUGCAGAGAUACAUGUAUUGAACAGUUCUGUUCUGAGACAUACCUUUCAGAUUAUGAUUGCCCAAUUUCACUCUGCCAUGCACUACAGAAUUACGGUUGAGUUUUUUUCCCCUUAAAUUAUGUUUCCUAUAUUGUAGUCCUGCAGACACUUGAAUUCUUCUAUUGAAUGGGUGAUACUUUUAUAAGAUACAUUAUACUGAAGAGUGUGUCUGCACAACUGAGAAAUCAAUUCAUGCCAUUGACAUUUUCAACAAUUAGGUAUGUGGAAAUAUUUAGGUGGGAAAUGUUGCUGCCUUAUUCUCUACUGCACACUUCGUUGUUUCCCAACCAUUUGUUUACUGCUCUGUUUCAUGUGCUUAAAUUUUACGAGAUAAUUUUUAUUUUUAAGAAAGUGCAUCAGGUUGUAGUGUGACACAAAACAUUUUACAAGAAUUUGAGGAGGUUCCCCUCAGCCAUCUCAAAGAUGGGAUUCUGUGGUCUGUGAAGGGGCAGUAAUGGAAAAUGGUACCUUGGUUCAGCAUCUCAGAAUUGACCUGUGCUGGGAAAACUGCUGAAACUUGCUCAGGGGAAUUGUACAUGAAGGACCAUAGGAUGUGGCUUCCCUCCCAGACUUCCAUAUAGUUCUUUUGAGUUCAAUGAAACUUUGAUCACUAUUUGUGAUGCAUUUUCUAAAAUAACUUUUUAAAGUACAAAUAAGCUCAGAAUGUGAACUGUAGGAAUAAUCUUGCAGUAUUUAUUCUACUGCAUAGUCUAAAAAUAUCUGAAACACUUGCCAUAAGUUGUUUCAUUCAGUAUAUUUUAGGCAGAUUGUGCUGGAAUCUUAUUCUGCUAAAAGUGCAAACAAGGAUACUAUCAGGGUAAGUUUUAAUCCAAAACUUACAGAUGAUACAAUACAGGCAGCGAAUACAACUCACUUUGAUUUCUACCUGUCUCCAUGACUUUGUGGUAUCACAGGUAUGCUUCUGUCUAGCGAGCAAACAAGAUGCAGCUGAGAGCAGGUAUGGAACACUGUGCAAGUGUUUUUAGACACUCCAUGUAGCUGUUUCUAGAAAAGCACCGUUCACCAACCUUUUUUUAAUACACAGUGAGAAUGUUAGUGACUUCUUUUUAAAGAGAAGUAAAGAAAAGUCGACUCAGAAUGUGUCAGUAGCUCCUGUGUGUCACAACUCUGUAGGUGUAGGCAGGAUUACACUUGGUGAGGGAGCGUGGUGUCUCCUGUGACGCUUGCUGUCACUUUUGCCCUCACAGGGCGGGUGACACGACUCCUGUGAAGUGCAGCCUUCUCUGUGCACAGCACAACAGCAGAGAGGGAUUAUUUUACAGAGAGAUAGAAAGGGAUUUUUAAACUCUGCAGGUUUUUUGCUGUGAGAUGAGGAAGGUGCUAAUGGGAGGAUGGGAGGGCACCUGAACAUUUGCCAAGUGAAGAACUCUGCGAGGACAGCUGGGAAAGUGAGGCUUGGUGUGUUCCCGGGAGAUUUAAUGAGUGAUGUAAAUGAGAAUGAGACAGAACACAUGUUGGAGCAAGGGGUUACUGAAGCCAUUCCGAUUUGUCAGCCAAACUGGAAAAGCGUUAAGUAUUCAAUCAAUAUCUGUGAUUAAUGUGACCAGCAGCACUCUAAUGCCUCUCUCUUAUCCACUCCUGUUAUCCUGUAAUUUGAAGCAUGCUAUUUUUAUAUACUGAGCACCAGAAAAGGUAUAGAUGAUAGGAUGCUGGCAGUGAUUAGAAUUCUCUUGUUGCUACAUGUUUGUAUUUUCUCCCAAGAAACAAAAGGGAUAAAGGAGUUUUUUUUUAAGAUAGGGAAUUACCGACUUUUGUCUCUGAACUCUUUCUGGGAUUCGUUUUUCCGUACAUAUUAACGAGAGAAGAAAGACUUGAAUAUUCAAAUGGAACAAUUUUGUCUUACAUUAUAUGGGGAGAAAAAUGAUUCUUGGGUCUCGUGGUGAUGAGUAACUUAUAAAUGCUUUUAAAACAAUGCAGUUUAAUUGUAGCUAGGUUACGGCUCUCACGAGGUUGCUUUUUAAAUUGUUCCCUGUUAAUGAUGAACUUCUGUGAUGUUCAUCUGCCCCGUAAUAAUUAUACAAACGAUUUUAUUAGAAAUUAAAGAUAAUUGCUAAGUUUAUGUAGUUUCAAAAAGCACUUUGAGACCAACUUUCAGGGAUAUUAAUGAACUAGGUCUGGUGGAUUUUCAGUACUCCUGUGGAUCUGAUGCUUUACUUCCCCCCCACUGCCUUUUUUCCCCUCUGUUCUGUUUGGUCUGACUCUAUCAGAUAAUGUUAGGAGGCUGUUCAGAGCUAUUUAUUGAGUCAUUAAAGUGAAGUAUUACUACUCUGUGACAAGUUUUACAAGAAGUAAUGAAAUUCUCAAAACUGCAUCAUGGAUAGCCAAUUUUAUUUAACUAUUAACUAUAUUAACAUCGCUUUUGACAUUUGAUCUGAAGAGAUGGUUCUCAUUUACUCAAGCUGGUGGUGACAUGGUUGCUUUUCACUUACUUAUGUUUCUUUGAUUUGUCAGGAGGUGAAAAGUCCAGCCAGCUAUGGACAAUUGUUAGUUUGGUCAAAAUUUUUGGUACAGAAGUACAAAGAAUAGUAAUGCUGAUGUCUAUUUAUUAUUCCAUCUAUUAAUGUUUGUAUCAGCAUUUACCAGCCCCAGGACCGUGCCCCAUUCAUUUCAUCUCAAUGGCCUUUGAACAAUUUCUUGUUGAUUUGAAUUGAGAGUUUGCUCUUAAUUGAGCAGGAUUUGAAAAAAAAGGCCUUUGCUAUGUUUGUGGCAUUGUGGGUUUGUUUUAUGUUAGGGACUUUAUAAGCAAAGUUACACAUUAAGUUGCUUGGGUUUAUUGAAAAGAAGCUUGCGCGGUGCUUUUUGGUUUUUCCCUUUAGGGAGGAUACUAAAGUUUAAUAUCUUGACUUAUCACAUCCCCAGGUUUUUGAAACAAAUGCUAAAGAGGAAAUGAAAAAUUGAUAUUCUUGACAUUUGAGUGCCAAAGAAGCUGCUACAAAUUAGCCUUAACCCAUAUCAGCAUAUGUUUUUUUGUUUUCAUUUUGAUAUGAUUGUAUGGAAAGAGAAAAUCUCUACAACUGUAGACCUUGUUCAUAAUUAAGUGAUGUACUUUUACUUCUGCAGUGUUCAUUUCAUUAGGCACAAUCUACGUUGGCAAGUUGAGAGAAGUAAGAAAACCAUUUAUAGAAUGUUAUAAAUCUAAUCUAUACGUUUCUGCAGAUCCAGCUAAGUUUGUAAUGGAUAUAAAAAAAAGAACAACUUCUUAGUGUAAGUUUGCUGGUACAACUUUAUGGAGAAGUAAUUCCAGUGUAGAAAACCAUCAGUUCAGGACUGUGUGUCAGUAAACCAGACUGGGAAAGCUCCACUUGACUUUCUUUGAAUUCCAGAAGUUUUCUCCAGCCGGGAAGGCGGUUCCCUGGAAACCAGCCGGUGGCAGUGCUGUGAUUAACGCCGCAGGGGUUGCCUGGCGGCUCGUUUCUCUGUGAAGAGCAGGCGCGUGUGAACAGAACCUCCAAGAUGGUUUUCCAGGGCAGUGAUUAAUUGUUUGCUGUCACCAUAAAUAGGAACCAAUAUGUUCAACAUCACGCCAGUAGCCACAAGAGUCAACUCUGGCUCGAAUUGUGCAGGUAUGUUAGUGAAGAUGGGACCUUACAAUCGUGACUAUUGCUUUUUCAAAGACUUUAUCCGCACCGCUAUUUUUCUUGGAAGUUUUGUAGCCCUACUCAUGCUAAUUGAAUAGCAGCAGUAAUUAAUACGAUAUUUUCCUUGUUCCCUGCUGACAGACAUAUUAAAAAAAGGGAGAGUUUAAAGAUGAAGUUGUGAAAUUAGCUGCUUAACAAAAUCCUUGCAAUUCUGUUAUGGCCACACUGGUUCAGAUGCCAGGUUGAGACUCUGUAGAUUUUGUGGAUAAAUUCCAAAUGAUGCUUUGAUAAGUUUGACUUCAGAAGUUGUGUAAGUACCACAGAGAAGCACUAGUGUGAGAGUGGGGAGAAAAAAGAUCCUUGAAGUGCAAUAGAGAGCAAAUCUAGAACGGGGAAGAAUUCUCAGCGGGCAUGUGAAGGGGGUGCUUAAUUUAAUGGAGUUUGCGCAUUUUGCUGCUGUUGGCAUUGACUCCAUUUCUAUUUGUUUCAUACUUUCUCUCCUAUCUUGGUUAUUUCAGCUGUUGACAUGUCCUCCUCCAAGCUAUCCUUUCUCUCUUAUUUACGUUUUGGUGCUGUGCAGAAGUCUAAUUUAAAUGAUUGAAACAUUUUUACCUUAAUAAAAGGUGUCUCUGGGUUUGAAUUGGGAAUAAUUGAGAACAGGCUCACACAAUGAUUAUCCUAAUGAAAACACUGAUUUCAAGUGAAUGUACUGCCUCUUUAUUUCUUUCCAUGGUGACAGCCAUGCAAAUAAAAGUGAAUCACAGACAA